UUAGGUAUGUGAGGACAGUCUUUAGGUGUCUGUGGACAGUCUUUAGGUAUGUGAGGACAGUCUUUAGGUGUCUGUGGACAGUCUUUAGGUAUGUGAGGACAGUCUUUAGGUGUCUGUGGACAGUCUUUAGGUAUGUGAGGACAGUCUUUAGGUGUCUGUGGACAGUCUUUAGGUAUGUGAGGACAGUCUUUAGGUGUCUGUGGACAGUCUUUAGGACAUUAGGUGUGUGUAUGAUGGUGUGCUGUAUGUCUGCAGGUGGAGGACGCUCGGUGCAGACGGUGAAUCAGAAGCUGAUGUCUGUCCUCACUGAUCCUGACUGAACUUGAUGAUUUAACGUCAGCACUGGUCCAGCAGCUCCAGCACAGCAGCCAGUCUCCCAGUACGACCAGUACGACCAGUAUGGCUGCGGCCAACACCACCAAGAUCUCAUGGCGACUGCAGGAGUUUGAGGCUCACUCCGGCAGCGUGUCCUGUCUGUCUCUGGGGAAAAGCUCCGGCCGCCUGCUGGCCACAGGAGGGGGGGACUGCAGGGUCAACCUGUGGGCCGUCAGCAAGGCCAACUGCAUCAUGAGUCUGACCGGGCACAAGAACCCAGUGGAGUGUGUCCAGUUCAACGCGUCAGAGGACCAACUCGUCACCGGUUCACAGUCUGGAUCAAUACGAGUCUGGGACAUGGAGGCAGCCAAGAUUUUAAGGACUCUGAUGGGACACAAAGCCAACAUCACCAGUCUGGGCUUCCAUCCGUUCGGAGACUUCCUCGCCUCGAGCUCCAUGGACACAAACAUCAAGCUGUGGGACAUACGGAGGAAAGGAUAUGUGUUCAGGUACACGGGUCACACUCAGGCAGUGAGGAGCGUGGCCUUCAGUCCAGAUGGGAAGUGGUUGGCUUCAGCCAGUGACGACGGAACCGUCAAGCUGUGGGACCUGAUUCAGGGGAAGACCAUCACAGAGUUCAAGUCUCACACCGCGGCCGUCAACAUCGUCCAGUUUCACCCCAACGAGUACCUGCUGGCGUCAGGCAGCUCCGACAGGACCGUCAAACUGUGGGACCUGGAGAAGUUUACGAUGAUCGGCUCGAUGGAGGGAAACACGACUCCGGUCAGGUGUAUAUGUUUCAGCCCGGAUGGCGGCUGUCUGUACAGCGGGGCCACAGACUCUCUCAGGGUCUUCGGCUGGGAGCCCGACCGCUGUUUCGAUGUGGUUCCGGUGGGCUGGGGCAAAGUGUCGGACCUGGCAGUCUGCAACCAGCAGCUGAUCGGGGUGUCCCACCAGCUCUCCAGCGUGUCGUCCUAUGUGGUGGACCUGAAGAGGGUGAAGAAGAGCGGCGGCUCGGUGAUCCAGGGAAUCAUCCAGGACAACCAGCCGCUCACAGAGCCGAAGGAACCUAAAGGAGCCGCACUGCGCAGGAACUACGAGAGACCCACAACCACCUGCAGAUCCCAGAGGGUGAGGCAGAGGUCAGACGCUGACAGGCGGAGCCCCGAAGGCGAGAGGCGGAGCCCCAGCGAGGACGAGGGGGACGAGAAAGUGUCGUCAGCUGAAAUCCACAACGCAGAAGAUUACAAGGAGAUCUUCCAGCCCAAGAACGCCAUCUCUCGCACUCCUCCCAAGAUAUCAGAGCCGUUCCCUGCUCCUCCAGAGGACGAGACGAUAUUAGCGAUUGGCCGCCAGCUGAAGGACAUGAUAUCCCCUUUUCCUGAGAAGCAGCAGUCUCCUCCGCUGGCCUCCUCCACACCCGUCCAGAGGGUGGAGCCUACAGUAGUGUCCUGUGUGAAGCGCCCCCCCGCCGGCCCGGCGUCCUCCGAGCCCCCCGCCCCCGCCCCGCCUCCUCCUCAGCCUCCCGUCACCACAGCGAAGUCUAAACCGCAACCGAAGAUCAUCCUGAGCACCAGGAACGAGCCCAUCGGACUGAACGUGGCCGACUUCCUGCCUCCGUCACCCAACAACCGCGGCGGCGCUCUGAGCGACGAGGAGGCUCUGUCUCAGAUCAAGAAGGGUCACGACACCAUGUGCGUGAUGCUGAGCAGCCGACACAAGAACCUGCAGACGGUGCGUGCCGUGUGGGCCCGCGAGGACAUCAAGAGCGCUCUGGACGCUGCCGUCUCCAUGAACGACCUCUCUAUUGUAGUGGACAUCCUCAACAUCAUCAACCUCCAGCCGUCGCUGUGGAAGUUGGACCUGUGUACGACCAUUCUUCCUCAGAUUGACAAACUGCUGCAGAGUAAAUACGAGAGCUACAUGCAGACCGGCUGUACGUCUCUGAAGCUCAUCAUGAAGCAUUUCUGGAUGUUGAUCUCAGACACGCUGAAGGCGGCGCCGUCCGUGGGAGUCGACAUCACGAGAGAGGAGCGACACCAGAAGUGUCGGGCGUGCUGCAAGCAGCUGAAGAAUCUGAGCAACGUGGUGAAGAACAAGGCGGCGCAGGUCGGUCGCCAUGGCAGCGCCUUCAAAGAGCUGCAGCUGCUGAUGGCGCCGCUCGACGACGCGCUCUGAGACGCCGACGGUCUGUGAACUGCUCGUGACAUCAUCAGUGUCAGCUGACAUGCAGCAGGACGGCGCUCGCAGACGGACGGACGCUGUGUGUCCUCCAGAGGCCUCGCUCACUGCGGGACAAUAAGGGUUAUUUAAACUUCUUCUUCUUCUCUAAAGGAACGCACAGACAGGAAGUCCUUUAGUCGGAGUCAGAGAAGAAGAACUUGAUCAGCAGUCAGUCCUCCAUCGACCUCCGAAUUUAAACUAGCAUCGUUAAAGGAACAGGCUGACAUUUUUCUAAGAGUUAAUGUCUGCUGGAUAAAUGUAGCUUUAGCUUAGCUUAGCUUAGCAUAAAGUCUACUGAAAGCCUCAGAGAGCCACGCUAGCAGUUUCCCCCAGUUUCCAGUCUUUAUGCUAAGCUAAGCAGCUUGUAGCUUCAUAUUGAACAGAUUUCAAUCUGAACAGAAAAUAAAUAAUUACAUUCCUUUAAUGUUUCUACGAGACUCAGAGUCUCCACAGGAAGUGAUGACGAUGACGAUGAUGAUGAUGAUGAUGAUGAUGACGAUGAUGAUGAUGAUGUUUUGUGCCUCUGCUCACCUGAAGCAGAAAAGCUCAGGUUGUUGGUGAUGAUUCAUAAUAAAGACAUUUUCCAGUGUUGAGAGGAUGAAGAUGAUAUUUUGAUGAAUUUUCUACUUUCUCCACUUUUCACUCUGUUCUGUUUUAAAUGUGCCGUUCUGUUAAUUUAAAUAAAGUUGUACAUGUUGGGAUUGAAGAA